ACUAGACAGCGUGACCAUUAAAGAAAUCGAUGACUCUGGUCUGCUAAAUAAUCCUGACAUAAGCAAAUCCACGGGACCUGAUGAACUGCAUCCAAGGUUACUGGAGGAAUUAGCUAACUUCGUUGAGAAUCCGCUAAGUAAUUGUUUUAAACUAUCCGUAACACAGGAUGGAUUGCCAAGAGACUGGAACAACUCCAUAGUAAGUCCCGUCUUCAAAACAGGUUCGAAACAUGGAUCUGAAAGCUACUGACGUGUUAACCUAUCUAGCGUGGUCGUUAAAAUCUCAGAAAAGAUCAUUCGAAAGGAGUUGUUUAAGUGCGUCGAUGAAAACCGGAUCCUUUCAUAGAAAAAGCAUGGUUUCAGAAUAAGUUAUUCCUGUCUCACUAACUUAUUAGUCGCUCGUGAAAGCCGGUGCGCUCUUAGGGACCAGAUGUUACCUGUAGACGUAGCCUACACUGACUUCAGCAGAGCUUUUGACAAAGUUUCACACAAUCGGCUGUUAUAUAAGUUAAGAAGUGUCGGGGUUGGAGGCAAUCUAUUGAUGUGGAUAAAACACUUCUUAGUUGGGCGCCAACAAAUAGUACGGGUGAAGUCAAAGUUGUUUAGCUGGGAAACUGUGCUUAGCGGAUUGCCUCAGGGUACAGUUUUGGGGCUAGCGUUGUUCCUCUUGCAUGAAAAUGACCUUUAUCGUCUCUUAUCUUACUAUAUGCUGACCAUAUCAAGAUAUGUGGAGCGGCAUUAAAAAGUUAAGAUGAUGGUUUGGUGUCUCAAAUGACCUGGAAAAAUUAUCAGAAUGGUAUAAAAUUUUGCAGUUGCUGAUAAAUACUUCCAAGUGUAUUGUGAUGUACAUUGGUCAUCAAGGUAUAGAUACAUACACAGCGAAUAACGUUGAGUUACCUGUUGUCCAGACACACAAUGGCUUAGGAGUCAUCGUUAGCCAAGACUUAAAAAGCACUGCACACUGCCAUACAAUAGCUGCCAAAAGUUUUGACACUUUGUGGUCAAUACGUAGGGCCUUUAGUCACGUCUAUGCUAAAACAUUUUUGAAUUUGUAUACAGUGUUAGUGCGUCCCAAAUUUGAGUACUACAUACAAGCGGCUAGUCUCUGCUUAAAAAAGACAGUGAGUUUUUGGAAAAGGUUCAGAAAACAGUAACUAAGCUGAUUCCCGGAAAAGCGAUACUCCCGUAUUAUGCUUGACUAUUUGAUUGUCUAAACUAAACACAUUUUCUUUGUCAUAUAGAAGAACUAAAGGUGAUCUAAUCGCAGUAUUCAAACUACUUAGUUAUAAUAUUGCGCCUGACAUGCCCUGAUUUUUCUUGUCCUCCAAGACAGAAAGUUUACGAGGACACUCCGAAAAGAACCACAUACCUGUUCCAGGUGUAUACUUAGAGAUCGUCUUGAGUAAAAGCUUGCAAGUUCGUAACUGAUUAUUUAUUAGUCGAUUUUUACUAUUGGUCUUAUUUCAUUCAUCAAGCUAUAAUUCAACCCUUAAAUUGAAUUAUGAAUAUUGUCUUGCAGAAAUAACGGUAGAAAAGUUUUUUUUCAUAGAAUUUACGUUUGGUUAGUGUGAGAGAGGUCUUUAUACAUUACGGUUUAUGAUAGAUUUGUGAGUGAUAAACAUUUUUAUCUUGUUAUUUGCUUUUUAAAUAUGCUAAUGAAUCUACAGGCCAGACAAAACAAUAUCUCUGACUCAAAAAUAUAUCACUUUAUUAUGAUGGAUGUGAACCUACAAAUUAUAUAGUAUGUGUUUUUAUUAUUGCGAAAAUUUUAACUGUGUAAGUUUGCCUCAUUUUAUUACGACAAAGUAUGAAUUUUCAUCAUCGUGAAGUUAGGCUUUUAAAUUAGUGCACAACUUACAUGUAUUUGCUAAUUAUAAGUAGUGGUUUGAUCAGGGAUGUGCCAAUUAAUUAAUGAAAGAGUAACAUGAAUAUAUAUCACAUGAGGAUGCGGACAUCUGUGAAAUUCUGAUGUAUUCUAACUAAGAUACUGGUGUGCACUAUAAGUUGAUGAAAAUACUGUUUACUUGCUCAGUCUGAGACGUUCGAAAAAUCAUUUUUCUUGUUAGAUGGUUCCAGGUCUACAUGAUUGUUUGCACUGUGAUCAGAAAUCACUGUUCUUAUAGCCACCAAACUUUUUCAAAUCACCAAAACAUUGUAGUAAUUUGUUCUAUUACUUCCAAAUAUGGAAUCUUUAUUUACAGUCGGGUUCAGGUGAAGCGGGGCGUAUGGUCAUCACGAAAAGAGUGUAGUUACCUUUCCGUAGUUACUCAGACUGUAAGUUUGAUUCACUUUCAGACGGCAUUUAGAUAUGCAAAGUUGUGUUUCCCAAAGUAGCUUUAAAGAAACUCCUGUCAUCAACUUUUACGUAUAAUUUUAAACAAUUCUUCCGGAUAUAUAAAGCCAGAACAACAACAGCUACUGCAUACAAGGCGGAGAUGUGACUAGUAAUACAAGGAGCAUUCUUACUUUCUGAAGUCUGUUACUCGUUUUUGGCACAGAUCACCACUCAAUAAUCUACAACUAUUUUUUCCUGAAUUCUACUUCCCAGUUGUCCCGAGGGACGAUUUAUAAUAGUGGUGUCUUCUAGCAACUUCAGUCGCCGUUUGUUCUAUGUCCUGUCUCUUUUCCUUUUACCUUGAAAAUCCCAAGUUAAGGUUUUCUUGGUGACCUUAAUGACCUCCGCAAAGUCUUUUAGCAACCUCUAGCGUUCUUUUAAACUUAUUCACUAACUGGCAAGUAAUAUGUUCUCUACCACAUUAGAUUAUCUCUGAUAAAUUCUUGCGAAUAAAUUCUUUCGUAAAUACCAAUGUUAUUUUGGUAAUGGUUGUGGUAGUUCCCUACGAUUCAGUUGCGUACAGUAGAGACGUUUCAACUUUUGUGUCGAAAAUUCUAAGUUCGAUGACAGUUCGCUUGAGUGUCAGAUAUUUUUUAAUUACAGCAAUGUUGCCCUUGCUUCGACAGUUUCUGCCUUGACAUUUGCAUCAAGAUCCUCUUGUUUAUCAACAAUGCUAACCCAAGUACGUAAAAAUUUCCAUCGCUUCAAAAGCUUCGCUAUCAAGUUUAAUUUAUGUGAAGCUUGUCGUAUUGUACUUCAGGAUGUUGCUUAUUCCCAUCUGAAUGUUGAGAAUUACUCUCACAAGAGCUGAUGUUACACUACCUAUCUUCGUCUGCGUCUGUUGCCAUGUCCACUAUAUUCCGUGUUCCUCUUGAGGUAUGUAUAUCCUCGUAAUCUAUUCGACAAGCAGAAGCAAGAGAAGAGACUAGAGUGGGAAACCUUGUCUAACAUCAUUCCUUACCUGAAAUGGAUUUGUGAGCUACUCUCAAUGAGUGACUUUGCAAUUCACCUCUUCGUAGGAGUUCUGUAUGAUGAUGAUGAUUUUCGCAAGCACUCCAUAGUGUCGGAAAAGAAUUCACAAGAUAUUUCUAUCCACAAUGUUGAGUGAUCUUUCACAAACAAAGGAGUUGAUAAAUAGUGUUGUGUUUCAUUGAGUUGAUUAUUCAAAAGUGAUCCACAUUGUCACGAUUAGGUUAGUACGUGAUCAGCCUUUAAGUAAGCCAACUUAUUGAUAUUUAUUCUAGCAAAGGGACUAACUUUUAUCUCAAAACCGUGUGCAUUUAUGCUUACGUGGUUCAUUGAUUUCUGACUAUGUACAGACUAUUUCAUACCAAUCGAGCAAUUAAACCAUACACCUGAAAGUCAUGAUUAAUAAUACAAAAGCCAAUAGAUUUAAGUCACGUCGUCACACAUUUGCUUAGUAUUGAUUGUAGCGGUAUUUUUUCCUAAAAAAUAAAAAAAAUAUUGAUGUGCUUAUGACAUCCAGUUCAUUUAUUUAAUAUUUAAACAUUGCACCAUCAUCAGACCGUUUAAUUUGUGUAUGUUAAAAAUCAAACUUCAAAUAGAUUUUUAAGCAAACGAGUAAUGGCACAAACUAUUGAAUCAACGGUUCAAGCUAAUACCUCUGAAAUAUUGAGAAAAAACAAGGGUAGAAAGAGUUCGAAAGUAAACAACAGCGAUAUAGGCCCUAUCCUAGAGACCUUGGGAGACGAUAUAACAAUAGCAUCAGAAAUAGAAAACGUGAAUAAAAAAAGAAACGGCCUAGUGACUGGAGCAAAAAAGAUUCCAUUUAUGGAUAACCGCGGUGAUUUUUCAAUUAAUUUCCCUGACAGACAGUUUACUUCAAACGUUUAUGUUGAAAAUCGAAGUGGCUUUCGUUCUCAUCCACUUAAAGAUUAUGAGAAAAAUAUGCCUAUGAAACGAAAUGAAGAAUCUACAAUUAAAAGAAGACUAAAUGACAAACAAGAACUGAUGUAUACGCAUAACAAUCCAGGAUUACAUUUUGUUAUCAGCAUACAUGAAACACUACAAAUUUUGACAUUUACGUUAUUUGGCUUAUUGGCUGGUGCAAGUUUAGUGCAUACACUAUUCGUACAAUCAUUAAUUAAUCCAAGACAAAUUAAAAAUGAUGGUUCUUGGAAUUACAAUUACGGAGAUGGUUAUUUACCAUUAUUAAAAUAUUAUGGAGUUUAUGCACGUCCAAUCUCUAUUACAUUUUAUAUAUCAUUAGUUUGGAUAGGUGUUUUUGUAUUUGGAAAAUUCGAUUUAGGAAGGCCAACAACAAAUUGUAUUCGGAAAUGUGUUAAACUUCAGAAUGGACUAAUGGCUAUCAUAUUUUAUAUGAUCGCUUUCGUAAUACACAAUUCGAUGGGUUGGUUUGAUUAUAUAUUUCAUGUGAAUAGUUAUAAAUCUGAAGAUGAAAUAAGAUACCUAUUGAGUACACAAAUUGAUUUAAAUAAUUUUCUUAAAAUAUGGCAAAUACUUGAUGCUUGUCGUACUGCAUUCAUAUUAAUAACAUGGAUAUCAGUUGCACUAGGUGAUUCAAUUCAUGACAGGUUAACUACAACGUUGAAUAUUAAUCCUAUGAAAAUCGGAGAUGGUAGUGGAAACAAUAUCCAGCCGAAUUAA